GUGGGGGUGGGGAAGGGGCACCAAGGCACAUCUGCUUUCUUGGAUCACUAUAAUCCCCCACCAAGGAAAAUGGCUACUUUUUAGUUGUUGGUGGUGGUGUUCCUUUAAUGGGGUGACUUGGCGGUGGCUGUUUGUUGAGGAACCGAGACUCCUUUCCCACAGCUUCCACGGACUCCGCAUCUAUAUUUGUUUCCUUGGCCGUUUAAUUCAGACGUAUUAGGCAUGCCUCCUCGGAUAAAACCACUCUGUAAUCUGGAAGGGUCAAAGGCAAACUGAAGAAAGUUAAUAAUGGCCGCUAAUGGCUCCUAACAAUUCAGGCUGAAUCUUGUCAAAAGUUUUUUUUUUUUUUCCCUCUCCUCUCCUCUCCCCCCUCUUCUUCUGGAAAGUCUCAGUCGUUUGAUUGUGUGUUUCCUGAAAGCAAGGCCAAUCAUUUCAGUUUAUUCACUGGCUAAACUCGACUUGAUUGGGGACAAGCAUACAAACCACCCAUUACGAUGUGAUAUAUUAUCCAAACAAUUUAGUGUAUUCAUGAGGUAACCUAAAUGUGGAGGCUGCAAAAUUACCCGUAAUCAAUUGAAACAGCGAGUGCGCGUCCCUCUGGGUGUCUAACAACCACAUCCCCUUCUCUGUAAUAAGGGAGGCAUUAAAUCAUUUUAGAGUUGCACUGUUGAGUACCUGAUCAUUGGGGCGCAGGGAAGCUGGACACUCGCACUAGGACGCUGGGACGGAGGAAGCUGCUGAUUGCCUGCCUCUCGAUCAGAAGAACCGACCUCUCGCCUUCGAGGGACUUGGCUGUUUACUCUCCGGUCUGACCACGAACCGUGCAAUACCCAACGCAGACUUUUCUUCCCUUGCUUCCGACCCCCCCACCCCUUCCAACCUACCCUCCCUCCCUCCCUCCCUCCUUUUUUUUUUUUACUUUUUAAAAAACCAUAUUGCACUACAUGUUUGGGAAACAAGACAAAAUGGACGUUAGAUGCAAUUCUGAGACCGAAGCCAACCGGGUCUCCAAGAACGGGCACAAUAAAGAGGGCAAGGAAAGCAAAGGAUGCGAAGGAAAUAUUUCGACUUCUUUUUUGAAGGAUCCACAAGGGACUUUCUCGUCUUCUGGCGGCUCGGAAGACUGCAGCAAAAACAAAUCGAGUUCCGCUGACCCGGAUUAUUGCAGAAGAAUACUAGUCCGAGAUGCCAAAGGUUCAAUAAGAGAGAUUAUCCUCCCGAAGGGGCUUGAUCUGGACCGACCCAAAAGGACCCGCACGUCUUUCACGGCGGAGCAACUUUACCGGCUGGAGAUGGAGUUCCAGAGGUGCCAAUACGUGGUUGGACGGGAAAGGACCGAGCUGGCCAGGCAGCUCAAUCUCUCAGAAACUCAGGUCAAAGUCUGGUUCCAGAACCGACGCACCAAGCAAAAGAAGGACCAAGGCAAAGACUCGGAGCUGAAAUCCGUGGUGUCCGAGACAGCGGCAACAUGCAGCGUCCUGAGGCUGCUGGAGCAAGGUCGGCUCCUCUCGCCUCCGGGCCUGCCGGGCCUCUUGCCGCCGUGCGCCACCAGCGCCUUGGGUUCAGCCUUGCGCGCGCCCAGUCUCGCCAGCGGCACCGGCGGCUCGGGAUCCGCGACGGCGGGCGGCUCCCCGCACCAGCCGGCCGUCAGCAGCAGCGCCGCCGCCGGCCCGGCGCACCCGUCCCCUCCCGGGGGCCACAACCUCUUCAGCCUGCCCGUGCCCACCCUGCUGGGCUCGGUGGCCAACCGGCUUUCCAACCCUUUAGCGAUGGCCGGCUCUCUGGCCGGGAACUUGCAAGAACUGUCCGCUAGAUACCUGAGCUCUUCGGCCUUCGAGCCCUACUCCAGGACGGCCAAUAAAGAAGGCGUCGAGAAAAAGGCCCUGGACUGACGCGCGGGAACGCGCGCUGUAUUUAUAUUUAUAGUAUCUAUUUGUGACGGUUAUUUAUGGAAGACCCUCCACACCAUAGGGGCCCCUUCCCCACCUUUCUCUUCCCAUCGCACCCCACAGACUCUUCUACCGUCCUCCUCCUCUUCCUCUCUCUGCCGUCUUCCUCAGCCACCAAUCCCAGGCACAACUUUGCCUCCCGGGGGAUCCCCGACUUUUACCUUGCCAGCCCAUCAGUUCCUAACCGGAGGGCCUCACAGAUUUGACUGGAGGCCUCCAAUCGGUGGAACAAAUCGACCGACGGCAACGAGGGUGGAACCCUCCCCGAGCCAGACAUUUGUCGCAUUGAUGACCCACGUUAAUGUUAGAAAUGGGGUUGGGGGGUUAGGGGGGGGACUAUGGCA